AUGGCAUUUGUUAGUCCAGACCUUAGCGAUGCCUUACCACUGGUGGCUUCCGGAAAAGUGCGAGAGCUCUACAAUGUCGACUCAAAGUCCCUUCUCUUCGUGGCCUCUGACAGAAUAUCUGCGUACGACGUAAUUAUGAAAAAUGGUGUACCGAACAAAGGAUUGAUUCUUACUCUCAUGACUGCACAUUGGUUCCAGUACCUACAGACCCAAAUCCCAGACCUCAAGACUCAUUUCAUUUCCCUCGAUCUCCCAUCUGCAGUCCCGAAAGACAAAGUUCCUCAAUUAAAAGGGCGAAGCAUGCUGGUGCGCAAACUCAAGGUAUUUCCGCUCGAAGCGAUUGUUCGAGGAUACAUCACAGGAUCCGCAUGGUCAUCCUACAAGGAGACCGGUGAGGUGAACGGAAAGAAGAUGCCUGCAGGUUUGCAGGAGUCAGAGCAAUUCCCCGAGCCAAUAUACACCCCCAGCACAAAGGCUGAAUUGGGCCGACAUGAUGAAAACAUUUCGACAGAGCAGGCGGCACAGAUCGUAGGCGAGAAGUAUGCAAAGCGCAUCGAAGACCUGGCUCUCAAAAUCUACAAGGCUGCAAGAGAAUAUGCCAAAGAGAAGGGAAUCAUCAUUGCGGACACAAAACUCGAAUUCGGUUUAGACGAGGAGACGGAUGAAGUCGUCCUUGUUGAUGAAGUCCUGACUCCAGACAGCUCGAGAUUCUGGUCCAAAGCUGCAUACAAGGUUGGUCAGAGCCAGGACAGUUUUGAUAAACAGUUCCUGCGAGAUUGGUUAACGAAGAAUGGAUUGAAGGGUAAGGAGGGUGUGUCCAUGCCGGACGAUGUGGUCGAAGCUACUCGUGCCAAGUACGUUGAAGCAUUCGAGAUCCUGACAGAUAUAUCUCUGCAGGAGGCUCUGCAAAACCUGAAGUAG